UAUAAUUGACAGACAUUUAUCCAAGAACAGUAUUUUUAUAUUCAGUUCACAUACAAACAACUGGCCAGUGUCUCAAAGUGGAACCCAGUCACAGUGAUCAUUAACACUUAAGCUUCAUAGAAACCAGCUUUCAACACUUUGUCAUGUUUCCUUAUUUAUACUCUAAUCUAAUUCACACACCAGCAAAGAGAAAAGAAGAAGAUAAUCAAAGCAACCCUAUUAAAAAAAUGGUGACCUUAAUAUCAUCAUCUGCUUCAACACCAAAGAUAUCUUUUGAUUUCACCAAGGACAACAACUAUCCCAGCCUCAAUGUCCCUGUCUCUUCUUCUCCUUCUUCUUCUUGCUUGAGAAGCAAGGAAGAAGCUGUUGUCACAACCAAGACGCUCAUGGAACCGUGCAAACCCCUAAUCAUUAACAACAAUCCUGAAGAUGAUCAGGAGAUUGGUGAUGAGAAGAAGGUGGUUAAGAAAGCUCCUGAAGAACCAGAGAUUGGUGUGUUUGGAGCUGAGAAGUACUUCAGUGGAGACAUGGACUCAGACCAGAGUUCUAGUGUUCUGUCUCUGACAAAACCCGAAGUUGAGCGGUUUGUUGUUGAAAUGAAGCAGACAGAGAAGAAAUCUACUGGAACGGCGAGUGUCUGUACUGAAUCAAGCUGGAAUAGUCAGAGCUUGUUGCUUAAGAACAAACUGGUGAAUAGCUGCAACGGUUCCUUGCAAGACAAGAAGACUAAUAGUGGUCAGAUUCAAAAGGUGAACAACAAUAAGAAGAGCUUUCUCUCAAACCUUAGGUGUAAAUGCUGUUCUGAUGUGGAUGACAAGAUCUCGGUUAAGAGAAGCUCUGAUCAAAAUAUCUCUACUUCCACAAGGAGCAAGAUCGAGAAUCAGAUGAGUUCUUCAGUGAAUCUGAGCACAGAACCGAUCAAGAUUCAGAAGCAAGAAGACUUGGUACAUAGGAUGUCUCCUGAAGUGUUUGGAUCUCCUGUAAACAUCGAGAAGAAACUCACAAUGCCUCCAUGGGAAUCAAGAAGUGAAGGGAGUGAUUCUAGCUCGGAUCUGUUCGAGAUAGACAAUCUUACAGGUAAACCAAAACCUUUUCUUACAAGGCAAGUAAGUGAUUAUGCUCCGAGCGAAGUAAGCAUAGAGUGGAGCGUAGUGACGGAAAGUGCAGCAGGUUUCUCGGUUAUGUCAGAAUGUGCAACAAGCCCUGUAAGAAGAAACCGCUCUUCUCAUAUUCCUCGGGUCCCUACUAAAAAUGCACCGCAGAUUCGGAAAACGAAUAGCAGCAGCAGAAGUGGCGGUUUCUUGUUGAGCUGCAAGGGUUAUAAGUCUGUUAUGGUGUCUGGUGAUUCAGAGAGAAGAAGUAGCAUGAACAAGAACAAGAACAAGACAUCCCCAAGUUAUGUUCCAAGAUUCCCAAUGGAGACUACUAAACCUAAGAGUUUGGAAACACGAAGAAAAUUUUCAGUAAAAUUGUAAAACUUAUGUAAUGUCUUGUCGUGUUCUUGAUCACAAAAGAAAACUCAAAAAGUGGAAUUUGGUUAGAAAGUAAAAAAACAGCAUUUUAAUCAAGUUAAAAACACAGAUCCGGAAUGCAGCAAAAAUGAUUAGACAAUUAUAAAACAUUGGCUCCACCACGUUUUGUUAUAUUUUUUAGAGAGAAAAAAGUUUUGUCAAUUAGCUUCAAAGGGUUAUAAAUCAAACGUUUGUCAGAAAGAGCUAUUAAUGAGGAAACUUAAAUAAUGAAAGUGUCAUUUUACCUAAUAUAUCCAAAGAUCAUGACCCUAAAGGCCAUUGUUUGUCUGUGAUAAAGGCAAAGCAGACAAAAACCCAUAACUGUUUCUUUGAAUAUAGGUAUGAAGUGAUGUGAGUGAAACUUAAGAACCAAAGGGCCUUGCUAAGAGAAUAAAUGCAAAGAAGAUGUAUGUCUUUGUAGCCAACUCAUUAUGGGAAAGACUGAAAUUAACCCAAAGUGAUCUUAUCCACACUCCAUUAAACCUUCUCUAGAGGUAAGUGUUGAUUCUGAAAAUGAUUUAAAUUUCAGUCCACCAGUAAAAGACCAAUAUUCCUUUAAGAUUAAGGAAAAAAAGUAUUUUUAGCUGAUUUUCUAAGAAGAAAAUAAAUAUCUGGUUUUGAAGUUGAAUUAAUAUGUGUCUAGAAGAUUGUAAAUUAUUCAUUGACAUAAUCAACUUACAAACUCUAAAAUUGGAUUUUGCCCCAAUCGUGUUUACUUUCUAGAUGUUCUUGCUUUUUUCGGUACCUGAUUCGGGUUUGUUCAAAACAGUAAGAUUUCAAGAAACAUCAUGGAUAAAAAAAACCCAAGACAUCAAAGCUAAUACAGUAUGGGUUUGAUCCAAAAAUGUAUGCAGAUGUUGAUGAAGAUAAGCAUUGUAUCCUUCUCAAGGAAAAUAAUUGAGGCUAUAAAAUAUUAAAGUAAAUUUUAGAAUCACAUCAUGAUCUAACUACUCACCAUAUGUGGAGAAGAAAAGAACAGCAAAAGCAAGAAGACGUUUUGUACUCAUUUUUAUUGAUUGGUUGGCCAUGCUUCAAAGCGCCCACCUACUUUUAUAAGGCAAGUGGGUACGGAAAAUCGGAUCCCACAUGACAGAGAAUGUCUGAGAGAAGUUCUUAUCUUACUUCCUUCAGAGUUUGUGGUGAAACAUUCACUUUCUUGAGGUGAACUGAAAGCUGUUCCCAAAGAGACACAUGAGAAGCAGAAGACUCUUGCGUAUAGACUAUAGAGAGAAGAGUCUUGUGUGGUCGCUAACUAGUGUGAUUGACAACAAUUGUUUUUCCUUACCUAAUUGACACUAAUCUCUGUAAUUACAAUGAGUAGAUUCAUCGGUGUAUGCAUAUAUAUGCUUGUAAGAACUAAAGGAUGAACAACGAUUUGAUUUUCUUUUGUUA